UGUCAAGCGCCCACGACUAUCAUAACGAGUUACAUGGCGGAUGGGAAUGUAGAAAGUGAGGGUUGGAAACUGCCGACGGUUGAAUAGUCGAGGAACAUCUAGCCUUGGUGUGUCAUUUUCAACGAGCCGGAACAUGUACGGAGUACAUGUCAUACACGUGAUAGCCUAAAUAGGCAGAACCUUCUUCUUGGCUCAUUGGGUUGGAAAAGAAGACUAUGCCAGGUGAUCUGAGGUAGGUACUAGGUAGGCAAGGUUCCAUCAUCUUUUCUGUUUGAUAGCAUGUCACCAUCUACAACUACAACAACCACAACAACUCGUCGUCUGCUUCGGGGUGAGAUUACCUACUCUGCAGCCAAAGAACUUGAAACCAAUAUACUGCACUCGUUGAGCUAUUGGGAUCAGCAGACUAGCUAUUUCGGAGACUUGCGCCGAAAGAGCCAUUUUCUUGAAACUGUGGUCGCACACCAUCUCAAUUUGGUUCCGACGAGCUGCCGCAUCGCCGAACCAAGCGAAUGGCUUUCUGGGUCGUUCAAUGUUUGCAUCCCAAUCUAUGUUGAAGACAAUCGGCGGCGCCCCAGCUUUCUACUUCGUUUUCCGCUGCCACACAGGGUUGGAGAGAACGUCAACCCAGGGAACGCUGAUGAGAAAAUUCUAUGUGAAGUUGGUACUUACACCUGGCUCCAGCAUGAUUGCCCAGAAGUCCCCAUUCCGCAACUACAUGGAUACGGGUUAUCAACGGGCCAGAAGUUUACUGCUCUCGAAAACCUGCCUUUCUCGACUCGUUCAGUCGAAGUCCUCCGCCGUCAUAUUUUAAGAUUUCUAGGAUUCCCAGUCCCAUCUGAAUAUGUGGCUCACAGCAACAAAUCGAGAGACCUCUUAGGGGUCGGAUAUCUCUUAAUUGACUACAUUGAUAUGUCAAGGGGUAGGAUGCUGUCUGCGUCGUGGGAUCAAGGACGGCAUAAUCCUAGGUUGCGGAUGAACCUCUUCCGCAGCUUGUCUGAUAUCAUGUUGGCCAUGACACGUACUCCUCUACCCAGAAUUGGUUCUUUCAUCGUGGAUGAAAAGGGUUAUCUAAGGCUCAGGAACAGACCUCUUACUCUUGAGAUUCAGUACCUGGAGAAUCAGCACGUUCCGGUCGAUAUCCCGCGCGAAUUUACAUAUUCCACCGUUGACUCCUAUGUCAGUGACAUUCUUGCCUUUCAUGAGAGUCGCCUCCAUCAUCAACUGAAUGCAGUCAAUGACUUUCAAGACGCCUUGUUCCAGAUGGCUGGUCUCACCGUGAUGCGAGCUGUUCGAAACUUAUUCUUCCGUCCCGAUCUCCGCCGAGGCCCGUUUUAUAUGAGCUUGACGGAUCUCUAUCAAAGCAAUAUCUUUGUCGAUGAUGACUGGAAUAUCAAAAACCUAGUUGAUCUUGAAUGGGCUUGUUCUCGUCCAGCAGAAAUGAUCCAUCCGCCGUAUUGGUUGUCCAACCAAUCUGUCGAUGGGAUUGAUUCUGACGCAUACGAGAGCCUGCACAGCGAAUUCAUGCAGGCUUUUGCGGAGCAAAUAUCGAAGCGUUCCUGGCAAUAUGGGGACCAGUCUUAUUCUAUACUCCAAGAAGGCUGGACCAAAGGCACAUUCUGGUAUGCUCUUGCACUCGAUAGCCCCACUGGGCUUUUUCGGAUCUUUUACGACCAUAUUCAGCCACGAUUCUCGAAGGAUUAUAUAAAUGAUGCAGCAUUUUUCAAGAUUACUAUAAAAUACUGGGCAUUCAAUGCAACUAGGUUCAUUCACAAAAAGGUGAAAGAUAAAGAGGAAUACGAUCGGCUUUUACUCGAAGCUUUUGAACAGGCUUCACCGAACCCGACACCUACGCAUAAGUGAAAGCGGUUAUCUUUCCCCUCUACUGGUCGCUUGAAAGGACGGCUAGCCAGGCAUUAAUGUCAUUGUAAGAUGCCCUAAGAAACUAUCGAACAAUUAAGAUGAGCAAAACAAGAGGAAAGUGUGUAGAGAGGCACUGAGCUGCAUAUAUUCUGCGAAGUCGCAUCUAAUCGGGCAUUAUUGGUCUGUGA